AUGGAGGCAGAGCUCACGACAGAUGAAAAUGGCACAGAUUCGGAACUCCACUUACUUCAUUCUUCUACGCUUCCCGAGGACAAAGUUCUUCUCCCUGUUGAGGUAUGCCUCAAACCUUCCAGCACAGCUAAAAUCCAAGAUGUUCGUUCUGCUGUUGAGGGAAUGCUUGAAAAGAGGAGUUUGAGCUAUAUUGAUGGACCCAUUCCUGUGCCUCUUGAUGAACUGUUUCUCGCUGAUAACGUCCAAAGAAUUUGCGUUUGUGAUACUGAUGAAGGGAUGCACAACGAUAAUGUUCUUUUGUUCUGGCAAGUCAAGCCUGUUGUACAUGUCUUUCAGCUUAGCGAGGAAGGACCAUGUGAGGAUAUAAGCUCUGAUGGCCAGUCCUCUAGCUUCAAUGAAUGGAUACUUCCUGCAAAAGAAUUUGAUGGCAUGUGGGAAAGCUUAAUAUAUGAAUCUGGUCUAAAGCAACGGUUGUUACGUUAUGCAGCAAGUGCGUUGCUCUUUACUGAGAAGGGUGUUGAUCCAUUCCUUGUUUCGUGGAACCGCAUAAUUCUGUUGCAUGGACCUCCUGGGACAGGAAAGACGUCUUUGUGUAAAGCAUUAGCUCAGAAACUAUCAAUUCGAUUCAAUUCAAGAUACCCACAGUGCCAACUUAUUGAAGUGAAUGCACAUUCUUUGUUCAGCAAAUGGUUCUCUGAAAGUGGCAAGCUGGUAGCAAAACUUUUCCAAAAGAUUCAAGAAAUGGUAGAGGAAGAAAGCAAUUUAAUAUUUGUAUUGAUUGAUGAAGUUGAAAGCCUUGCUGCUGCAAGAAAAGCUGCUUUAUCUGGUUCUGAACCUUCAGAUUCUAUUCGGGUUGUCAAUGCAUUGCUAACUCAGAUGGACAAGUUAAAAUCAUCUCCAAAUGUGAUAAUUCUAACCACAUCCAACAUAACUGCUGCUAUCGAUAUUGCUUUUGUUGAUCGAGCUGAUAUCAAAGCAUAUGUUGGUCCGCCAACUCUUCAAGCUCGGUAUGAAAUAUUAAGGUCGUGCUUGCAGGAAUUGAUGCGUACAGGGAUCUUGACCAAGGUGCAGAGAAAUUGUAAAAACGUCAUGCUUCCAAAUUAUGCUAAUGCAAAGGAGAGGUUGAACACGCCAGAUUUUCAAGAUGGUGCCAUAUUCAUGCAACUGAGCAAGCAACUACUUGAAACUGCGGAGGCUUGUGAGGGAAUGAGUGGAAGGUCUUUGAGAAAGCUUCCAUUUUUGGCACAUGCAGCGCUUGCAAAUCCUUAUGAUUGCAACCCUAUUAAGUUCUUAUGUACAAUGAUAGAAACAGCAAAGAGGGAGCGUUCUGAGCUUCCUGACUAA